AAUCCCCGGUUAUAACGCUGCUCUCUGGAUCCAGUUUCCCCCGUUUUCCCGUCCGCUCCUCGUUCAGGAGACUGGAGAGACUCGGUUGAGUAGUGGAGGGGAAGGCGUGCACUGACGCCAUUGGCCGACACUCCCGUCACUCACCCCCGUCCUGCGCGCUGAUUGGUGAAGACGCCGCCCCUCGUUCACUUACAAGGGGUAGGGCAGGAGGAGGGUGAUCAAUCUUCAUCAGUCCACAUUUCCUAUCACCUAAAGCGGCCGGCGUGAGACAACUGCUCUGCCUACAAGGAACUUGGUGGGAAAAGAAGAGAAAAUAUUCAUGACCCUUGUGUCCCUGUAAGGACUGAGGAAUAAUUACAUUUUGUGGAUAAUAUCGGGGAGCACUGAGAAGCUGUUAGCAUGAUGUCAUACCUCAAACAGCCCCCCUAUGGCAUGAAUGGCUUGGGGCUCACAGGACCCACUAUGGACUUACUCCAUCCAUCGGUGGGAUAUCCAGCCACCCCGCGGAAGCAGCGCAGGGAGCGCACCACCUUCACCCGCUCACAGCUCGAUGUGCUGGAGGCUCUGUUCGCCAAGACUCGGUAUCCGGAUAUUUUCAUGAGGGAGGAGGUUGCCCUGAAGAUAAACCUGCCCGAAUCCCGAGUCCAGGUUUGGUUCAAGAACCGCAGGGCUAAGUGCAGACAGCAGCAGCAGCAGCAGCAGCAGCAGAGCAGCAGCGGUACCGGAGCCAAGAACCGACCGGCUAAGAAGAAGUGCAGCCCGGCCCGGGAGAGCUCCGGCUCGGAGAGUAGCGGCCAGUUCACACCGCCUGCGGUUUCCAGCUCCGGAUCUUCAUCUUCAUCCUCCUCCUCCAGCUCUGGCUCCACUGGGAACCCCGGCCUGGGCGCAGCCGCUGCGGCUCUGAAUGGCAGCACAGCCUCGUCCAUCUGGAGUCCGGCCUCCAUCUCCCCUGGCACUGGUCCUGCCCCUGGCACAGCCCCCGACCCCCUGGGAGCUGGCAGUGCCUCUUGUAUGCAGCGCUCCGGCUCCUCAUCGUCCUAUCCAAUGACCUAUAGCCAGGCAGCCGGGUACACACAGGGCUAUCCUGCCCCCUCCUCCUCUUACUUUGGAGGGGUGGAUUGCAGUUCCUAUCUGGCCCCAAUGCACUCCCACCACCACCCUCACCAGCUCAGCCCCAUGACUCCUUCCUCCAUGUCUGGCCACCACCACCACCACCACCUGAGCCAGACCUCCAGCCACCACCAUCACCACCACCACCACCACCAGGGCUAUGCCAGCACAGGACUGCCAUUCAACUCCUCUGACUGCUUGGACUACAAGGACCAGGCAGCCGCCGCCUCCUCCUGGAAACUCAACUUCAACUCCACCGACUGUCUGGACUACAAAGAUCAGGCUUCCUGGAGGUUCCAGGUUUUGUGAUCCCAAGGACCAUUGGGUUCUGGAAAGUAAACUUCAGUGUAAGGAUCAUCAGGCUGGAGCUCCUCAGUGGUAUCAGGACCCCACAAUGAUUGCCCAGCUGGGGCAGAGCCCCCUCCAUGCCCAUCAGCCUGUGCCUGGACCUGCUGUAGUGACUAUCCUCCUCCUCCUCCUCCUCCUCCUCCUCCUCCUCCUCCUCCUGUGAAUUAUUUAUUGGGCAUCUGGACUGUGAUGUCUGCUAAUAAUAUGGGAAUGUGGAACUUGCUUUUAUUUUUAUUAUUUUAUCCAUCGACUGCUAUAUAUUUUUGGUCUAAACCCAAAGUUGAUCACUACUGAUAAUGUGUAUAUAGAUGGGGGAGACCCUUCUAUUGUCCAUCAGCAUACAGCUAUAUACACGCGCGCGUCAUUCCUCAAGGUGUAUGAUAUAGGACUUGCAGCCUCUUGCUGCCUGUAGCAGCUGAAAUGUGUAAAUAUUCGGUCCGUUGCUAGGACCCAUUUUAUUUUUAGUUUAAUAAUAUUGUUUUCAGUUUAAUGUCUCCUAACAGACCCUUUUUUUUUUUUUUUUUUUUUUUUUUGUGGAGAAACCAAAACGUUGACAUGAGACUUGGGGGUUUGUGGUUCAACUGCACGCUCUGUCACCAAUACUGUUCUUUUAAAUAGUGACUCCCAGGGGGGAAGGGGUUAAAUUUUAGCUCACAUAUAUAUAUGAAACUAUGUUGCUCACAAAGAUGGCAGCACACACCAAGUCUGGUUGCAGUCUAGUGGUCGUCCACCAACCAGCAGCAGCUCCCCACUUCUUUGGUGUAGGCCUCAGCCUGUGGGUCCAUUAGAGGCCCGGAUGAUGUCAUCAGUCCCUUUGGUAGCCCGGAUGAUGUCACCAGUCCCUCUGGUAGCCCGGAUGAUGUCACCAGUCCCUCUGAUGGCCUGGAUGAUGUCACCAGUCCCUCUGGUGGCCCGGAUGAUGUCACCAGUCCCUCUGGUGGACCGGAUGAUGUCACCAGUCCCUCUGAUGGCCUGGAUGAUGUCACCAGUCCCUCUGGUGGCCUGGAUGAUGUCACCAGUCCCUCUGGUGGACCGGAUGAUGUUAUCAGUCCCUCUGAUGGCCCGGAUGAUGUCAUCAGUCAUGUCUCUAUAGGCUAGGUUAAGCUUUCAAUCUUUAUCCAAUCCACACUAUAUGGCCACGUUCACUUAUCACGGGUGACCCCUAAGCUCCGGCAGGGUGGGAAGGCCUUGGCCUGUGGGUGCAGUGUGUAUUAAUAGGCAUUGUCUGUAGUAUCACUACAUUUUGUACUGUCCCUUUAGUUGAAUUGGGCUCACGGUUCUGUCUCCACUCAGCACUUCCAUUUGUGUCACUGAAGAUUCGGAUCAGUUCGUCCCUGUGUAGGUGGAAAAUGAAUAAUAAAAUAAAAAAAUGUUUGUAAAUUUUAAUAACAUGGUACGUCACGUCACUCCCAGUGUAAGGGAAGCACCUAUCUACAUACCCCCUCUUCCCAUAAUAAAAAUCAGACUAAUUGAUUUUGAGCCUCCGUGUCAUCCUUUCUGUGUAAUGCCAAUGUUAGCCGGGCACAGCGGGCGUCGUGUGUGAAGACCGGUGCUGAGACCAGGGAAAUGCCCACAGCAGCCAGGUCACUUCUUAUUUUAUUCUUUCCCUUCAGUCUUGUUGUGAUCAGUCCGGUCAUUUCUUGAUCUCAUCUACUGUAUAUAACAUUGACUGCGGCUCCUCAUACAUUUUCUUUUACACUCCAUCCUAAAAAAUAAUUAAAUCCUAACUAGUUCUAGAGUGAAGUGAAUGUUACAUCUCCGGUGAAUCCAGGUUUGCACUUUCUUCUAAAUAUUCAGCAGC